GUGGAUGAUUUUUCCAUAGACUAAGAUUUUCAAUCGCGAUUGCAUAAAAUACMCAAAAUAUGGAUGCUUUAAACGUUUGCAAAACUAAUUUGCAAUCUUAUGCUAAAUCAGGACACGAAGUCAAUUGGUAUGGUGGAUCUGUUGAACAGUCUACAUAUCGAAAAGCUGCUGUGCUAAUUCCCUUGUUUAUCAAAAACAACAACGUUCACAUACUGCUUACUCGCCGAUCUGACAAAGUAAAGACACACAAAGGACAAAUAAGCUUUCCUGGGGGUAAAAUGGAGGAUAAAGAUGCUGACAUUAUAGAAACAGCUCUACGAGAAACCCAYGAAGAAAUAGGAAUUGCUAUGGAUGAUGUCGAAGUAGUUUCAACAUGGACGCCUCUUAUAGCUAAGGGUGGAAAGGAUUCUUUUCUUGCUGUUUAUCCUGUAGUAGGAAUUCUCAAACCUGAUUUUCAAGCUUCAACGAAUGAUGAAGUGUCAGAGGUGUUUGGAGUUCCUUUGGAAUUCUUCCUUYUGGAGGAGUCACACCGCCAGCAUCACUAUCACCAUGGAAACACUACAUUACCAAUCCAUUAUUUCUCUUACGAACAAGGAGAAUCCACUUAUUAUGUCUGGGGUAUAACAGGUAAUCUUUGCUUGAAGUUAGCUAUUGUUGCGUUGCGUAAACUACCUAUGUUUGAACUGAAGACUGAAGUUGAACAGCAAGACUAUCAUGGUUUUGUAAAUGGUAAUCUAAAAAGUCAUUUUGGAAGUAAGAUUUGAUGUCAAAUAUAAUUUCAACCACUUUUCAAUGAAUGCUAAUUGUCUGUAUACAAUUAAGCGUAGUGUAGUGGUAAGGUUGCAAGCAGAAAGAGAAGGGGAGGGCGUAAGAAGUUAAUGGGUUUAAGGAAUUAUUACUCUCAAUCCCAAUCGCUUAAAACAUUUUAAAUUUUUUCCAAUUCUUAUUUGGAUGAUCACCACAAAAUAUWUCCUGUAUUUGAACUAUUUAUAUGAUAAUAAAUUACUCUAAUUAAACUAAGACAAGGUACAAAGAGAGAGAAAGAU